AUGGGAGGCCCUAUAUUUUGUGAUGUUUUCUUCGGUGAACGCCUCCUGCUUAGCUAUGUUGAUUUGAAAGUGGUAUUGAACCGUACCAGUGACGAGUUUGCCCUAAUGGCAUCCGAGGACGAUGCAGCAUUUAAAGUGAAACUGGUGGAUGUUUAUCUAAAAGUUCGCAAAGUUAAAGUGAAUCCUAGUAGAGCUAUGUCUCACGAAGUUGCACUGAAAAAAAGCCCAGCCGUUUACCCUGUAAGGCGUGUGGACUGCAAAAGUUUCAUCAUUCCAUCAGGAAACCCAUCGUUGCAAAAAGAUAAUCUUUUCAACGGUUUGGUACCGAAAUCACUUGUCGUCGGGCUUGUUGCAAGUGCUGCAUUCAAUGGUGCUUAUAAAUUAAACCCAUUCAAUUUCCAGCAUUUCAACGUUUCAUCCUUAGGCAUUUCUGUAAACGGCGAAUCUCUACCAUCUAAACCUUUCAAGCUGUCGUUUGGUAACAAUCCUAGAUACAUAGAAGCAUUUCUAUCACAAUUUGCUGGCACUGGAAAAAUGUUUUGA